CUGACACAGUCCCACCUCUCCACCCGGCUCUCUCUCAACUUCUGUGUGAACGUCAGCUGACUGCAAGGCUAAAAUCAAGAACACAUCAACACACAAAAAAACAUGUCCGUCCCAUCCAAGAAACGCUGGAAUCUCAGUUACACCGAACUUUCUGCAUAAGCAAAUGAAUACUCACGCCCAUAGUCGAUAGGCACAGAAAAUAAUAAAAAGCCUGUGGUGAGUUGAAAUAGAAGACGUCCUGUGUUUGAGAGCUGCUGUCACGUUGGGAAUUCUCUGUACCGACUACCCACCUCAGCUCACUUCUGCUCUUCCACACCUCGGCAAAAAGCUCCAGGACAGUGACGACUCCAGAAAGUUUCUGUUUCCACUUUAACUGUAUCCGAGACGGUGUGGGUUCCUGGCUGUGGGAGGACGUUGCGGCUGGAGCUCAGUGCAGUGCCCGACCCACGGCAGGAGAGCGGCAGGAACCCCGCGUCUCCUUGGGAGACCGAGGUCCGCCACUCAGGAUGUGAGAGGGUUCCCGGACCACAGGCGCUUGGAAUUUCGCUUUAGGAAUGCUUUGGCUUUUAGUUUAUCUCGGUGAAGGGACACAAAUUUGAAAAAAAAAUGUUUCAGAGAAGGGAUUUCUCUCCGUUAACUUGACAUUAUGGGAUGUCAAGCUGCUUUCUCGAAUCCCAGGAACGACCCGGUGGAUUUCACGCUUAGCUCAUUACUUUCAAAGUAAGUUUAGCGCUUCAAGAGCUGCGCUUUUUUUUUAUCCCGUGGGUAAAAUGUGGGCUUCAGUUUCCUUUUUACUGUUGUGCUGGCGUUAUGUUGGUGUUUGCGCCUGUAAAUCCCACUAUCCAGCCCUGUUUCUGGUCCCACUUCCCCAGACACCCCAUAAUGAGCAGUGAGAGCACAGUACUGUGUUUGUCGGGGGAGGGGGUCAGAAGGUCGCUUGGUCUUCUCUUGCUUACAGUUCAUUCUCAGGGCUUCGAGAUCGUAGACACAGCGAGCUAAAACAGCGCGCUUUUAAAUACGGGGAAUCAGGUCUGUCGUUUUAACCGCGCAAAAAGAGACACAGUCCCCCCCAAAACAAAACUUCCUGAAUCCCAUUUCAGUUUGCAAUGGCAGGGUGCAUAGCGAUCAUGUGAAGCUGCCGGGGUCGUGUAGGGGUGAGUCUGACGAAUGUUCUUGGGGCAGAUAUUUCGAUGAGUUACUCGCUUCUUAAGGAGUUUGGCGAAGGAAAGCAACGAAGCCAAGUGUCAAAAGGGGGACGUGGCGGCACAUCUCUUUCAAGAAUGAGAACGGGACUUUCUUUUUCUUAAAAAAAAAUAGAAGUUGAACCAGCAGCAGCACUCCUUAUACGAACAGGACCUGGGUAGGUGGGGCUGAGAAUUCUGGAAGAAAACACGUUGGGAACAUUCAGCAGCUCAGCACCUGAAGGUGAGAGAAACUGAGCUCACAUUGCAGAGCUAAUGCCCUUUCACAGAGAGUUGUGCGCUAUAGGACACCCUGUUCCCUCUGAGCCCCUAAACAUGCUUCACAUUACCAAGUGCCCUUUCCCUUUUGGCCUUGCUUAUUGAUUUUGAAUCUGCAGUGUCUCCAUGUAACUCCCCUCCUGUCUGUGCACAGAUGACUUUGCCACCGUCUGCAGCGGACUGAUUCACCAUGCCCAUCAUUUCCCGGAGCAGCGACAACGAUUACAGUAAUCUGAGCGACACGUCUUGCAGUUCCCUGAACCAUAUCGUCCCAGUAAGUCACUCGGAGGUGCCUCCUGUCAAGGGAGUCUUUUACCGGCGAUGCAGGCGGAUCCAGCAGCGGGGAGGGCUGAGCGACACUCCCCGGCACCGGCAGAGGCACCUCAUCGUCAAUGUGGGGGGCAGCAGGUACCUGCUGCCUUGGAGUACCCUGGACGCUUUCCCACUCACACGCCUGGGCAGGCUGAGGUUUUGCCGCAGCCGCGAGGAGAUCGUGCAGAUCUGCGACGACUAUGACGAGUCCACCCACGAGUUCUUCUUUGACCGGAACCCUUGCGCCUUUCGCAUGAUCCUGACUUUCAUCUCGGCCGGGAAGCUGCGCCUCCUGAGGGAGAUGUGCGCCCUGUCCUUCCAGGAGGAGCUGCUGUACUGGGGUCUGGAGGAGGGUCAGCUGGAGUGGUGCUGCCGCAGGAAACUGCUGCUCAAAGUUCGGGAGUUGGCCGAAAUCAGGAGGGGAGAGGACCUCGAGGCGGACAAAGAGAAAGCGAGUGCCCUGGCCGACGGCACAAAAUUGGGGUACUGCAUGGAAAAACUGAGAGACAUGGUGGAAAACCCCCAGUCAGGGAUUCCUGGGAAAGUGUUCGCCUGUCUGUCCAUUAUAUUUGUCACUAUAACAGUGAUUAGCAUUUGCAUCAGUACAGUGCCAGAACUGAGGACAGAAGAGGAAAGGGAUAAAUGUUCCCAGAGAUGCUAUAACAUGUUUAUAAUAGAAACCAUCUGUGUGGCUUGGUUCUCCUUGGAAUUUGUCCUUCGGUUUAUACAGGCACGAAGCAAAUGGCAGUUUCUGAGAAGCCCUCUGAACAUUAUUGACAUUUUGGCGAUCCUACCAUAUUAUGUUGCACUUGUAGUUGACAAAGGACCUGCUGACAGCAACAAACCUUCAGGAAGUAACAUCCAUUUAGAAAAAUUAGGCCUGGUCCUCCGAAUAUUGCGCGCCUUGAGAAUUCUGUAUGUCAUGCGCCUUGCUAGGCACUCCCUAGGACUUCAGACUUUGGGUCUUACAGUCCAUCGCAGCAUUCGUGAGUUUGGACUACUGCUCCUUUUCCUCUGUGUGUCAGUCACGCUAUUUGCACCACUGGUAUUCCUUGCAGAGAAUGAGAUGGGCAAAGGACAAGACUUCAGCAGUAUUCCUGCAUCUUACUGGUGGGCUAUCAUUUCCAUGACCACAGUUGGAUAUGGUGACAUGGUACCUCGAACGAUUCCUGGUCAAGUGAUAGCUCUGAGUAGCAUUCUUAGUGGGAUCUUAAUUAUGGCAUUUCCUGCAACAUCCAUUUUUCAUGCAUUUUCCCGUGCAUAUUUGGAGCUCAAACAAGAACAAGAAAAAGCACAGGCUCGUUUGAAGUGCAUCCAAAAGGCAGCAACGCAGGCAGAAAAUGAAGAAUUAAGUGACACAAAAAAUGCUUCUGCGGCCCCAGAUUGUUAAUGAAUUUAAUGACGUGGAGAAAAUAGUACUUUAAUAAUUUGUAAUUUUAUCAAUUUAUUCACUCAUGUUUCUUACUUGUGCUGUACUGCAUAGAAUAGAUACCCCAGAAACAGGCAAUUCAGCCCAUUGAGUAUGUGUUAGUGCUUAUACCUACAAGUCUCCUUCCAUCUCAUCUACCUCAACACAACCUUUCUAUAUAUCUUUCUAUUCAUUUCUUUUCUCAAGUGUCUUAAUAAUUUUAUUAACAGCUAAGCUAAUUGCCUCAACUACUUCCUGUAAUAGUGAGUUAACAUUCAACUUUCUAUCAACAUAAAGACAUUUCCCAUGCCUUUUUUGGAUUGAUUAGUAACUACUUUAUAUUUUUGCCCCUGUUGUUUUAGAUUCUCCCACAAGAGGAAAACAAUGGAUUUUGGUGGUGCUGGAAUUUAAAUUGUAAAGUGUCUGAAUGGGAAAUUCACUCUACCUCGAAACUACCACUUCUGGUUUUAACAAAACACUUCUUAUUUCGGAUGGGGCAGUCUCUAAAACCAUUUUAAGGAGUAAUUCUUCCAUUUUAAUAACUUUAACUGAUGUUGACUGGAUUUCCAAGGUCUUUAGAAAGCAGGCAAGUGAAAGGCCUAAAUCCAACAGGUGAAUGCCUUUACAGCACAGCUUGUGGAUUAGGAGUGUCAGCAAUAUUCCUUUACAAUUCGGCAAGCUUACACUGUGGAACUGCUGUGAUCCGUCUCAUCACUCAGACCCCACCGGCUUGUCAUUUCUAAUCCUUCAUAAUUGGUCUGUUUGACUAUUAUUUCCAACCCCAACAGUGAUCACCCAUUGAUCAUCCAUUCCACACCCUGCCAUAGUCCUGGCCAUCAACUCCAUCCUUCCAAAAAUUUCCCCCGCUGUUGGGUAGAACACGCAAAUUGAUUUUUUUUAACCCCCUUUCCCCAAUCCCCCACCACCACUUCCUCUUCUGCUGUAUGUUUCAGGAAUCCCGGGGAAAAUAAAUUAAAAGACAUUCUCCAGCAGGUGCUUCCAGGCUUUCCAUCCAGAUAUCUUCAAUCCACACUGCAGACACGCUAUUCCAUAAAUGUCCCUCCACACUGCAGACACGCUAUUCCAUAAAUGUCCCUCCACACUGCAGACUCGCUAUUCUAUAAAUAUCCCUCCACACUGCAGACACGCUAUUCCAUAAAUAUCCCUCCACACUGCAGACUUGCUAUUCCGUGAAUAUCCCUCCACAUUGCUGAUUUGCUAUUUCAUAAAUAUCAGGGCUAUUUAUCAUUAUAAAAAUUUCAAUAAUAAGUCCCUUAUGAUUUCUCCAUUCUUGAGAAAUAAGCCCCAAAUCUUUAAACUUUUCCAUAAUACCUCAGUUUAUGUCUUGAUAUUAACCGAGUAAAUCUUUUUCAUACUUUAUGUCGUACUUUUAUGUAUUCUUAUAGUAUCGAGAGCAGAACUGUGCGACUAUUGAAGGUAUCCUGAUUAGGAUCUUGUAUUAUAACUACUAUGUGUGAAUUCUAUACCCUCCAUCUUGCUUCAACCUAUGUCUUAAAAAUUAAGUCCGAAUGCUUUAUUAACAUUUUUGCUAACCUGUGAUGUUGCUUUCACUGUUUUGGUCACACAUGCCCCUGAAUCCCUUUGCAAUUUCUUUAUCCCAUUCAGUUCCUUAUUUCCUAAAGCUUCCUAUCUUUUUCUGCCAAAAUGCAUCACCUCACAGUUAUUUAUUUUGAAGUUCAUUCACGUUAACAUGUCCAGUCUGCAAUAUUUAUAAUGUCUUGUGUAACGCUGCAUUUUUCUGCACUGCCAGACAGCCAGUUUCACAGUAUCUUCAAAUUUUGGUGCUGAGUUUUAUGUUCUUAAGUCCAAAUUGUCAAUGUAAUGUAUGAAUAAUUGCAGUUCCAGCAUUGUUCCUUGUGCAACACCACAUCUUCCCUUUCCAUGAGCAAAAUAACUACACUUUACCUUUAUUCUUUGCUUUCUAAAUUUUAGCUACUUUUCUAUCAAAUCACUUAUUUGCCUGCUGACUUCAGAUGUCCUAAACUUUGCCACAAGCCCAACAAAGGAGCCGUCACCAAAGCAUUAUCAAAAUCUAAGCCUUUUUCAUCUAUUGUACUGCCCCGUCACCUCUUUCCGUUAUUGCUUCAAAGAAUUCUAUUAAUUUAGUUACAUAUUUUUUGCCUUUUGGAAUCCUUAUUGAAUAUUUUUAUUAUAUUUUCUGUCUCUAGAUUCUAAUUUAUCAUAUUUUUGUACAAAUUCCAGUGCCUUUCCUAUUUGGCUUAAAACUGACAGAUUUGUAGUUCCCAGGUUUUAUUCAUCUGCAUUUAGGUGUUGCUAGCCUUUAAGAACCAUUCCUGCUUUUAUAGAAUAGUAAUAGAUAUAAUAGCUAUUUUCUUUGCUAUUUCCUUUAUUGUUCCCUUUAAUAUUUCUGGAUGCAUUUUGCCUUAAAUUAGUGUCUUAUCCUUUGUUUAUAAUUUGUCAUUUAUCAAUUUUUGCUGCCAUUGAUCCUAAAUUUUUAAACUCAUCAUCCAUUCAUUGUUGUUCACAGUAAAAAAACUGAAGCAAAGUAGUUUUUUAUUUAACCUUCCUGCUUGACUUACAUAUGUUUAGUUUAGAUUCAAUGUUCCUCUGCUUAUUUAUUUUCCUAUGUGUCCCAUAAUUAAUUUGCUUGUAAAAUAAAAACCUAAAGAAGUGUGGAUGCUGUAAAUCAGGAACAAAAACAGAAGGUGCUGGAAAAUCUCAGCAGUUCUGGCAGCAUCUGAGGAGAAGAAGUCAGAGUUAAAUGAUUCGGGUUUUUUUAAUCACAGAUGCGGUCAGAUCUGCUGAGCUUUUCCAGCAACUUCUUUUUUAUUAUUUUGCUUGUUCUGGCCUUCAGUGUAUUGCAUUUUUCCUGAACUGCUUUGAUUACCCUUUGUAAAAAAAAAUCAAGAUUUUCAAUGUUUUGUCCCAGUUGAUUUCUUUAGUUUCACUUUUAUUUCCUCAAAACUUGCAUUUUCCUGCCGUAGACCUUUAUUUCUUUAAUUUUUCUUCUUUUUGUUAGCCUCAAACCUAACCUUGAAUCAUUUAAGAUUAUUAUCACCAGUAACUGCCCUUUUACUUCUACUUACCCAUUUGUUUUGGUUCAUUAAUUAUUGUAAGACCUGAGUGAUUAUUGUCUUGCUGAAUUGUUUUUUAUGGGUUCAGUAGGAAAUGAACCUUGUUUAAACUAAACUUUAUUCAAUGUUCUUCUUUCA